AUCCACCUCUAUCUCAACCCCUCUAUUGCCUUCUGUGGUUGUUCAACAGAAUCCAGUAAACUAUGUAAAACAAAAAAUAAAAAACCUACUAUUUCUAUUUGUUUACAAUAAAUGUAAAAGGUACAAUUAUCAGGAAUAUCUGGAGAGAAGAAUUAUCCUCUUUAUACACUCACAAUGAAUGGAUGAAUAAAAUAAAUAAAAUACAAAAGCUUUUAAAAGAACCGCGCCCGAUACUCUCGCGAGAUUUGCGCCCCCUGUGUUGGUGUGUGAAACAGCAGAGGGAGGAAUGAGGAAUGAUCCCCGGCUAACGAUAGCAGGUUCACGGGAGAGACAUUUAAAUUAGCCCUCAGAUUUCACUGCUGUUAUGGAAAAGGAAAGUCAUUUUCAAUAAAAAAAAUUGCGAAGGGAAUUAUUUUUAUUUCCAUUCUUCUCUGUUUUUUUUGUCUCCUGCCUUCUUCCCGCCGAGGCGGUCAACAACAGACCCAGGCUAAUCCUGAAGAGUCAGCGGACCGGCCUCAGGUUUGUAGCCGGCCGUACGUGUGCCUGAAGUAGGGAGCCGCUGUCAGGAGAGACCGAGGCUUUCGCUGGCUCGUUCGUCUCCACACCGGGGAGAGCUUGAAAUUUCAAUUUUAUUUUAUACAACGCUACGUUGUGUUAUGCUCAGACGCCGCCUCGACAGCAACUGCUGCCUUUUAUCGUUUCCACGCCAGUCUGAACACAUUUUGAAGCCGGGGCGGCCUGUUUUGUUUUGCGAGGCGGCCAUGAAGAAACAAUAACAGAGCAGCGGCGGCGGAAGCAGCAGCAGCACGGUUCCCGGAGAGGAGACAUUCGGGGGCUGCAGCGUGGCACUUCAGCAACACCCGGCAAACCAGCUCUAAAUCCUGGGAGGAACAUGGUGUAAUCGGCACCAUACCAGGGUGAGCAGAGCCCUGCGGAGCCGUACACCCUGCCAGUGAAGCCCGUGUCACCGAGGCGUCGUUACCGCUUCUCAACCUGGACAUAACAAGUGACGAAAAGAUGUUGUUUUAAUUGUAACACAGUGUCAGAGAGUGCGUGGAACAGAGCCGAACACCAGUGAAUGGAGCUAUGUUUACAAAGAGCCAUCACCGGCGGGACAUACUGAGGAUGUGACCGGGGGGAUGAGUAACCUCCGCCGGCCUGUGCUCACACCCAUCUAUGCCCGCUUCAAAGCCCCCGGACUCACAGGACCCUGACACCGACUUCCCCUCAAACUUCUUUGUCGUCACUUAUCGGUGGAUUUAUUAGUGUCGCCUAUCAGCAUAUUCUUCCAGACAAGGACCGUCGGGGACUGCCCCGGAGGCCCUGGGGCCAGGCGGCUGAGAUGAACCCGGUGAACGCCACCGCUCUGUACGUGUCUGCCAGCCGCUCGGUGCUGCAGUGCGACCCCCGAGACCCGCGGAGCCUGGCGGAGCUGUGUAAGCUGCUGCCCUUCUUUCGACAGUCUCUGUCCUGCCUGGUCUGCGGCAACCUGCUGCAGGACCCCAUAGCCCCGACCGACUCUUCGUGUCAGCACUACGUCUGUCGUGGCUGUAAGGGUCAGAGGAUGCAGCUGAAGCCCUCCUGCAGCUGGUGUAAGGACUACUCCCGCUUCGAGGAGAACAGGCAGCUGUCUCUGCUGGUGCACUGUUACAGGAAGCUCUGUCUCUACAUCACACAGUCUCCGCUCGCAUCGCACAUAGCCAGCGCCGCCGGCGACUCGCCAGACCUCCAGGCCAUCCUCAAUGAGGGCGUCGUGUUGGCGGAGAGCGAGCUGAAGGCCGAGGAUGUUGCUGAAUCUUCAGAAACUCCCCCUACAGGUCAGGUACUGGAGGUAAAGGGGGAGGAGCUAAGCCCCGUGAGCCUUAAUGGAAUACAUGAUUGUAACGGCCUGACCAGUUCACACGCUCUGUCCACCAUCACCGUUGAGUCAGAUGCAGGUCAGGCAAAACAGGGGGCAGUUUCUCUGGGGAAGAUCCCGGUGUGUGUGAGUGUCACGGGAGGUGGGGAGUCAGGACUGUGUGACAUCAGCACUGUUGGUGAUGACCUCAAACACGGAGGUGGUCCGAUGCUGUUGAGUGUGGAGGAGGUGCUCAGGACUCUUGACACAGACGCUAAGCCUGAUCCCACACUUGAACCGGACCCCCAACCAGACUGUCCCUCGUCCGUACCACAGUCCGUACCACAGUCCGUACACAACGGACCUCACUGUGCGUCUGGUCCGGACUCCUCCCGCCUCAUGCCGUCCCUCCCACCAGAGAGCUGUGGUGUCUCGCCACCCUCCGUGCAGCUUCCUUUACAGCCCUCCACGGUCGCCCCGUCUUUGCCACACCGGUGCCACCGCAAACGUUCGCACUCGGAGAGUGACCGCGAGAAAGUGCAGCCUCUCCCCAUCUCCAGUUUCCUGCGAGGACCUCCCGUUUGCACCAACAGCUCCACCCACCACCCCAUCACUGGCGUAACCACCGUCAAACAGGAACCUAAAUUUGUCACAACCUCACCCCUCCAUCAUCUUGCCCCCGUGCCGAACGGCGGCCCUCCCAAAGUGGGAAAGGCUGUUCUCGUCUCCAACAAAGUGGGAAAGGCUGUUCUCGUCUCCAACAAAGUGCUAAAAAAGACAGUGGAGCAUCAUGGUGUUGCCAAAAAGGCAUACACCAAGGCCAGACAGGGGGCGCCAAAACCCCGUGCACAGCCCCGUGUGCCCCCUCACCCACACCCACUAACUCACCCGCCCAGCCCUUCCAAACCUCUGUACAAGAAACCAGUGGAGAAGAAGGGCUGUAAAUGUGGCCGAGCCACACAGAACCCAUCAGUGUUGACCUGCAGGGGGCAGCGCUGUCCCUGCUAUUCCAAUCGCAAGGCGUGUCUGGACUGUAUCUGCCGCGGCUGUCAGAACUCCUACAUGGCCAACGGGGAGAAGAAGCUGGAAGCCUUCGCUGUUCCAGAGAAAGCUCUGGAACAAACCCGACUCACGCUGGGAAUCAACCUCACCAGCAUCGCCGCCGCCGCCCUGCGCGGCCCAGCCACCAGCUCUCCCGCCGGCACACUCCUCAACGUCACCACCGCUACGGGGUCGCCUGUCACUGCCGCCUUUCUGUCGGGGGCGGGGCACGACAACAGGGGCUUCGAUGAUUCGCUGGAGAUGAGGUUCGACUGCUGAAGCUCCGCCCACUCACACUCAACCCAUCUGUGUCGACUGGUUGGACAUUCCCCCCUCUACUGGCUGUCAUCAACGUGACAGCGUCUCAGGGCGGAGCUUGAACGAGGCAGCUAGAGUGACAGGCGGUUACAGAAGCAGGGAUGGUUAGGCCCCCCUGUGGCUGUCAACGAGAACUGCAGUGGUACAGCUGUGUGCGUGUGAAGGAGAGGUUAUCGUGAAGGUUAUUAGUGCAGAUACAAACAUAUGACCACCAGGGGACAGUGUAAUUCAUAGGAAAAGAACUUUGUCUACAUGGAUUCAGCGGUGUCUUUUCAAAGAGACAUUUUUUGUCCUGUUUUUUUAAGUUGCCGGUGCAGAGUUGAUGAGUGUGAACCAGAAUAUUUUUAAACACAAGCAGACGCUGACGCUUUGAUAACAUUUAUAGAUUUAACAAACAAAACAAACCAAUCAGAUGAGAGGCAGUGGUGGAAGAGUGGCUGGUUCUAACAUGAACUGGGCUCAGUAAGAAAAACGCCCCCUGCUGGACUAAAUUACCCUUAGACAGCAACAGGUGGGAUUAAAUCCAAACUCCACCAACAAUGACGUGAGGUGAGGUCAUAUCUGGGAACAUUUAUUAAAAAACAAAUAUGAGUAUUUAAAAAUAUUUAUUAAAAUUAACAUUUGUUUGUGAGUGAAAAUGACAUUUUUCCUCUUCUUGCCAUUGAAUAACUUUAGGUUUUUGUGGCCUGUGUUCAAAUCUCUGGUUCACUGCUCGGUCUGCUCUCUGCGGUUCUUUAUGUUGUUUCAGAAAUCCUACACACACACACACACACACACACACACACACACGCUGCUAUUCACUACAUAGGACUGAAGAAACUCGUUUUUCUGUUUUUCCUCUUCUGUCAAAGAAUACUAUGUUUGCAGUAUUUAUUGUUGGUCCUCUGACACAGGUCACGUGUUAUAGCUUCAGUGUUUUGUUUGUGUCUGUCCCUCACCACUGCUGUCCUUCCUCUUUGGACUCUUUUGUCUCCUCUUCAGUUUGUCUCUUCUACUUCUUCUCCUUCAAGGCAUUUAAAUAAACCUGUAACAUAAUUGUACAAUAUUUCCACAAAAAGAAAGAAAAUGAAAAAAACAAAAACAAAACAAAAAACAGUACUGCAGUCUUGGUGUGUUCAUUUCACCUGUUACGUUUUUCCCCUUGUUUCUCCUGCAGUGUUCUGAUUGAGACACCAGAGGGCAGCGAUGACAACAGGAUAAGAUACUGCAGGGCCUCUUUGUACACCAACGGGGCAGAAUAUGUACUUUUGUUUCACAGGUCCAGGACCAGACGUUUUAAGGUGCGGAGUCUAAAUGAGCUGAGGUGGAACCUGACGCUGCUUUCAUGAGUGGCUCCUCUGAGGAGCAGGUGUCUGAUGGACUUAAAGCUGGAGCCAAACACUGACCAAUCACAGCUGCAGAGACACCACUGGACUCCAGGUACUCCACUCUCCACAACACACUGUUCUGUAGAACAAUCAUUCAACAACAACAACACACGCCCAC